AACAAUUGCUCACUAACAGCUAUCAUCAGCAAUCAUCAUAUGAUGGUUUAGAGAAUUUCCCUUACACAGGAGAACAGAGGCCCUGUGACUGGAUCAGGGUACUGUAACGAACGGAUUAAGACUAAAGCAAUUUUUUUAAAAAAAUCGUCAAAUAGAGAGUGGUAAAUGGGAACUAACAUGACACUGAGAUCAGAGUGGUAAUUGGAAAAGAGAAGUUAAUGAUAUAUGCCAACCGAUGCAAAAAAAAAGGCUGAAUAAAAAAGAGAUUUUGUUUAACACAAGAAUUAAUCUUGCAUGUCGUUGUAUUGCAAUCCUGUGUACUUUUCUACAUGCAAUGAAAAUGCAGUGACGUGAGGGAAUUGAAGUGAUUGAUGACUCGGGUGUCAACUAUCAGCGUGGGCUGCAAUUGACAAAAACUGUGCUGUUGUUAUUGCUGAUUUCCAAACCAUUACACAUCCUGUGUUCAGAGAUCUUCAUUCCAGGUUAAAAGAAUCAACAGCAACAAGCUCAAAGUUACGUGGAGAUGGAUGUGAUGCGUUUGGCUCUGAUAUAUUUUUAUCUCAGAAGAAGCAAAGCAUUAGAAGGUCCAAUUCAUAGAUGUCCUUUUUCUGGACCAACAAAAGUCUUCAGUCUUGAAGGUGAGCUUUCAGUUCUGAAAUGCAGACCAUGCAGUGCAUGGACUCCAGUCAUCUUGAGCAACCUACAAGAGCAUGGAUAUAAUAUCAUCUGGUUUAAAGGCACAGCAAAAGAAGGGGUGGAACUAUCCCCGGGAGAAACUGGCAGAAUUACUUUUGAAGGACCCUCUGUGAGGUUUUGGCCUGCAAUAGUUAAUGACACUGGAAACUACACUUGUUCUGUCUUCAAUGGAACUUAUCAUAUAAUAGAUUUGGAAAUAAUUUUGGAAGUUAGAUCCAUGAAUGAAGAGUGUUAUCAUGAAGCUUUUGUAAAUUCUGUCGAAGAAUGGAUUGGAUCAUCUUUUACAUUGUCCUGUUCAGACAUGGAGGAGAACAAAGACAAAGACAUGGUGUGGUACAAGGACUGUCUGACAAAGGUCCACACAGGAGCUUCAUAUACAAUUAACAAGCUGCAACAGGAAAAUGCUGGAUAUUACACUUGUAAAUAUUCUUUAGAAAAUGCUGGAAUUCUAUACAACAUUACAAGGACAUGGAAUUUGAUUGUGAACGGUACAGAUUUCAAUGAGCCCUUGAAACCGGAAUUAAUUUACCCUUUAGAUGAAGUACGCGUUGAAGUUGAAUUGGGUGAGCAAAGGAUAAUCGAAUGCAAAGUUAAAACUAACCACAGAGAUUCUGAAAACUUGUGGCUGAUGUUAUACUGGAUUUUUGACAAUAAUUUUGUUAACAAAUGUAGUGAAAAAGAAGUGGUCUGUGAAGAUUCUGUCAGGGAAAUAAUUGAAGAGAACAUAACAUUUGUUAUAAGACCACUCAUAUUCAACAAAAUCCAGUGGGAGCAUCUGAAUAAAAAUUUCAACUGCAUCUUUGAGUCUCCAGGAAUCAGUGCAAAUGGCCAAAUCAUUCUCCAGCUAAAAGGCAACAGUGAUGCAAUCGUUUAUUCAUUAAUUCCCAUCCUGGUUAUUUUCAUGUUGGUUUUAUAUGGAUGUUUCAAGAAUAAGAUUAUCGCUUGUUUUAACAAGUGCAUUGGCAGAGCUGCAACUACAAAAUGAGAGGUAACAUUAUGAAGUUGUGCAUUUUUAUUGGUACUGUGUGAUACAAUAACAAUGGUUCUAACAUUUCUACUGUAUAACUUCGGAGUCUCCCAAUAAUGCACCCAAUAUUUAAGUAUUUUUGAGUUUAACUAACUUUAAUAAAAAUUAAGUUUCAGUAAUUAUACAAUUCAGUGCCACUAAACUACUGAAUUUCAAUAAUGCUAACUUCCGUUGAUAUCCCUGAUAACUCAGUUUAUUGAAAACCUGACUUGGAACCAGAAGGUUCUGCGUUUAACCCUAUUUAGCCCAUUCACAAUCAUUAUAUCCUUUUGAGAUCAAUCCUGAAAGAAAACUGAACUGUGGGAGCCAAAUCUAUAAUGGGUCAGGCGAUCUGAGCAGGAUCAUUUACUAGUAAACUAAGCAUUUACUUUUUUUUAUCAUUAACUGACAACAUACCCUCAAGU